AUUCGGGAUAAAGAAAAAUCUAAUGGUCAGCUAAGGGAGGAGCUUGGUGGAGUGCUCGAGAAAAAUAAGAACAUUAUGGAAGAGGUAGUGUAUAUAUGUGUUCCAUUUAUUUCCUUCGUUAAUUGUUUUUCUUCAGAACAAAAAACCUGAAAUCUGUUACUUUUUAACAUGGUAAUCCCAUGCUGAGAACACCCUUUUUAUAUCCCAGAUUGCAGCGCGAGAUGCGGACAUCCGGGUUCUUAGAACAGACUUGAACUCGGCGCAGAAGAAAAUUAAAAACCAUUCAAAUGAGGUAACGUGCACAGAUUACUUAUUUAUCGUCAAAUGACUGACAGGCCAUUUAGUUUUAGAUUCUAUCUGAUUCGGACUUCAUCCUUGCCCAGGUGAAACGUUACGAGGAGAUACUUCAUCAAUUUCAGAAAGAUUUAGAAAGAGCUCAGGAGAAUCACAGAAACGCCACCGUACAGGUUUGUCAAGUUUUUCUGGUUUUAUGCGAAGUGUCAUAGGGUUACCUUAUUAUAUUUUUUAUGUUACGUUUGGUCAAGAAAUAAUAAGGGAUAGAGAGGGCAACGCCCAGUCUAGCCCUCAGAAUAUGUGAAUUUCACCAAAACUAUUUGUAGGCCAAUUGAACGCUUGAAUUAAAUCGGAAGUUGGUUUCCAGACAGGUCCCCAAAACUUUAUUCAGUGUCGUCAAGAGAGAAUUCAAUAGUCGCCAUUACAAUCUUCUGCAUUGUUUACUUGGAGACAGUCGCGCAUGGACUUGAUGACGUCUCCGGCAGUAUUCUUCCGUUUUAUUACAAACUCUAACUUCUCUUAUACCGGUGUGGUACGUGCUCUGCGUCCGUCUUUGUUGUCGUUGUUGUUUUUGUGUUUGUUCGUUUUUUAUUUUCUGGAUCCGAGUUUGUGAAGGCGGUAUAUAUUUUCUUUAUUUUCGUAUGAAACCGUCUAUAACCCUGAGUGACAACCUUGGUUGAAGAUUUUAACCCAAGCAUUUAGUGGGUAUUUGAAUGUCAAUUCCUACUCAUUUUGACUUGUUGUAACUCAAUUCUGCCCUUUCGCAGAUUGGAAACCUCGAAAAGAACGUGCAGAAUCUGAAAGUGCAGUUGGCCGGUGCCAACGGAAAUCACAAAGAAGCAAUGGAUCAGGUUAUUAAUUGCCGAGUUUUUGUUUUCCUGAAGAUAGUACUAAUGUAGUGUGGUAUAGACGUUGAGCAAUUUAAGAGUAUAUAAACCAGGGGAUAAAAACACUCAGAAACUUAAGCUGCUUGUAGUUGUUAUCACGGUUUUGGAAGCCAUCUUGACGGGUAGGCAACAGCGUGAGAAAAUUGCAGUGUUUGUAUGUGAAUCUAAUGUCGAAUAAUUUCGGUAAGAAAGCUGUUCUGAAAAAAAUAUGAAUUGUAAACUAGAGCUUCACUCCUAAGGAUUCUAUUUAAAAACUUUGGGGGCGUUAUCUGUGCUGGAACCACUUUUUAAAAUUUUCUAUACAUUUGUCUGUAAUUUUUUUUCCUGCCGACUAAAAUUUCCUUGGAAAAAUUGCAGACGACUCGGAAUAUAUGAAAAAUCUAAAGCAAGCGACUGGAUAAAUUUAAGCACAGGUACGGCCCCCAAAAUUUGUUAGAAGAAUCCUUUGCUGUGUAGCUUUAGUUUACAAUUCUUUCUUCAGAACGGCCGUUUUACGAACAUUACUUGACGUUAAAUUCUCAUUUCUCACGCGGUUGCCUAGCGACAAGAUGGCUUCCAAAACCGUGAUAAGCUUUUUUUGUUUUUGUUUUCUAGUCGCUGCGUUCUCCUUUUUUGCUUUUUGACUCUUCUUUCUUUAUUUCAGUUGUCUCAGCGCUCUAAAAGCCUGGCAAAUACCAAGAUGGAGUUAGCAACAACAAAACAACAGAACCAAGCUAUGGAAGAACAGGUGUGA